AUGAUCUCACGAGUUUUGGAACAACUUCGGCAAUUCAAUGCUCGAGAAUUUUUGAGCCAAUUUAUUUCAUUGGCUUUUGUGUUAUGUAGUGCUCUAGUUAUAUGGAAAUCAGUAUCAAUUUAUACAAAUUGCCAAUCACCAAUUGUGGUGGUAUUAACCGGAAGUAUGAUUCCGGCUUUCUAUCCCGGUGAUAUUCUCUUCCUAAGCCUCAGUCCUGAGCCAGCACGUCUUGGAGAUAUUGUUGUUUAUAAAUUGGAAGGAAAGGAAAUUCCGAUUGUGCACAGAGUGAUCCGAUUGCACAAUGUGCAUAAUCAAACCAAUUUAUUUGAAGGAAAAGAAGAUGUAAACUUGAAAAUGCUUACCAAAGGUGAUAAUAAUGAGUAUGAUGAUAGAUUUGGAAUUUACACUAAAAAGCUGCAAUGGUUGCAUAGAAAUCAUAUUGUCGGAAGAGCAAAGUCUAUUUUGCCCUAUAUUGGUCAGGUUACAAUAAUAAUGAAUAAUUAUCCUGCCGUGAAAUAUGUUGUCGUUGGUCUAUUAAUUUUGCUUGUUUUAACAAACAAGGAGUAG